AUGAAUGGCGACUUGAGCUUGUCCAGAGCCCUCGGAGGGCUGCGGAUUGCCAACCCGGACGAUGCAUCUCCGCACCCAUCGCGCGAGCUCUCCACCGAGUCCAACGAAGUCUCUCCUCCCGCUGUAGACCGACCUUCCUCCAAUCCCUCUUCCAGCCAGCCGCCACAGCAUCAAGCACGCGACCCUGCGUCGAUGAUACCCCAUAAUUCCCAUAAUCAUCCUGGUCUUUCCCAUCGACAAUCGGAUGCCGGCAACCCAUUCGACUCGCACCUUCAGCCAGCAUACAUCGGCUCCUCCUACCAAGCCACCUCGUCGUCAAAUCCCGGCAGCUUGCCCGGCGCGAGGCCUGUGUCUGGCUUAUACCCCAACUCCAUGGCCCCGGAAGCAGACCAACCAGUCUCUCAGCCCGGACACCUUCGGGCGGAACCGUCACGGUCGUCUGUGUACGGCAUGCCGGCAAGAAACGACUCACGAUCUGGCUCUGGCCACCCUUCAUCGAUACCCUCACGAGAAUCCAGCCGUUCCUACAACACCGCCCGACAGGCACCACUCCCACCAGGCAAUAGCCCCCUACCCCCGAGGAGAAGUUCGAAAGGAAUGGGUGGCGGGUAUGCCUCGAUACCCGGUGUGCCUCAAGCUCCGCCAAGCAGCAGCAACUACACCCCAGACAUGCCUCUGCUUACAAGCAGCGAGGAAUGGAAAGAUCGGGGUGCUGCUCUUGGUGUACGGAAGGAGGUGGAUGCCGAGGGACGCACCAUUCUCAGAUCCGUCAAGAAAGGCGUCCGGGAUUUCUCGUUUGGUCGGGUACUCGGCGAGGGUUCUUACAGCACGGUUUAUCUCGCCACCGACCGACAGACACUGAGAGAGUACGCCGUGAAGGUGCUCGAAAAGAAACACAUCAUCAAAGAGAAGAAGAUCAAAUACGUCAAUAUCGAGAAGAACACAUUGAAUCGGUUGACCGACCAUCCCGGCAUCGUUCGACUUUACUAUACCUUCCAGGACGAAACCUCGCUCUACUACGUGUUGGAUCUCUGCAAUGGCGGCGAGCUCCUGGGUGUGCUGAAGAAGAGCGGCACGUUUGACGAGGAGUGCUCUAGGUUCUACGGAGCUCAGAUUCUAGACGCAAUCGAGUACAUGCAUUCAAGGGGCGUUAUCCACCGCGACCUCAAGCCGGAAAACGUGCUGCUGGAUGAUCAGAUGCACAUCAAGAUCACGGACUUUGGCACCGCGAAAUUGUUGAUGAGCGAGCCCAGGGAGGCCAAACCGCCAGAAGAGAUGGACAAUAUGCGGAACGAAGACGGUCAACGGGCUGCUUCUUUCGUCGGUACUGCAGAAUACGUCAGCCCUGAGCUCUUGACGAACAAGUCGGUUGGGAAACCGAGUGACCUGUGGGCGUUUGGCUGCAUCAUAUACCAGCUUCUUGCCGGCCGGCCUCCUUUCAAGGGCGGCUCAGAGUAUUUGACCUUCCAAAGGAUUGUCAAUCUGGAGUACGAGUUUCCUGAAGGGUUCCCCGCCGCCGCAAGAGACCUGGUUGAACGCUGCUUGGUGCUCGAUCCGGCCCGUCGUCUGACCAUCGAACACAUCAAGAACCACGAGUUCUUUGAUGGCCAGAAGUUCGGCAAGGAGCUCUGGAGGAUGAAGGCGCCGCGAUUACGGCCGUAUAUGCCACCGACUCAGGAACCGCGUGUGAUCCAGCUCAACGGCUCGUUGACUGGCGCCCCUGCGCCGAACGCCACAUCUCGAGGGCAACAAUCACAAUCGAAUGGCUCCAGACCUGCGAGGAUCAUCACGGAGCUCCUCCCUCCCACACAAUUGGACAUAGAAUGGUCUCCGGUCCUGACCAGAAACAACGAACGGAUCCUGAAGCUAGGCGACCUGAUGGUCAUAUCAUCGCCAAUCCCAAACAGCGGGCAUGGAAAGGGUGACGGGGAAGGCCACAAGAAGUUCUCGCGGUUCUUCGGCGGAAGUACCACCAAGAAGAGGCAGCGACUCGUUAUGAUAACAUCGAGCGGGCGAAUUGUGCUUGCGCCAGCUGGCGGAGAAGAAAAGAAGGCUAAGCAGGAAAUCUCGCUCCUCGCACCGGAUUGCACAUGGCGAAGCCAUAUCGAUGCCAAGGGCCAGGUUGUUUGGUGUGUCGAUUCGAACGGCAUCCAUUACACCUUUGAGCAAUCCAAGGGCACUUCGGAUGAUUCAGGAUCCUUUUCGGCCGAUGAUUGGAUCGAGUCUCUCGAACGAGCGAAAGAUUCGGCCAUCUCACAAAACCUGGUCGGAUCCUACAGCAGUGAUAACGGCUAUGGGGAUAUGUCGUCCUCGAUGUCAAGUCCGGCGAGCACCUUGGGGGGGAGGUCUAAUUUCCCCGAUGGUUUCAGUGUCAGCGACAGAUCUGGCCGGAACCAGCUGAGCAAGAGCCAGGCGAGUCUGGAUGACACAAACGUGAAGCGAAACCGCUUCAGUAAACGGCAGUCGAAGAACGGGCUCGGCGCAGCUUUCUAA